AUGCCCUCCUUAUGGACGUUUGCUCUCGUUCUUCCAUUUCUCCUCCUCUCCAUCCCAUUUCUACAAGUCAUCCAGUAUCGAUUCUUUUCCAAACGAUUACCAAUUUUCAUCGAUGGAUAUAGUGAGGAGAAUCUCGAUGAAGUUAGAGAGGCUUUUGCGAAAAACUUUGAAGUGGGCUGGGAAAGAGAGGGCGCGUCGUUGGUCGUUUACAAAGAGGGGAAAAAGGUGGUGGAUUUAUGGGGUGGAUACGCGGAUGCGGCGUCGAACAGGAAAUGGAACCAGGACACACUGACCGUCGUCUUCUCCACAACAAAGGCAGCGGCCGCGAUUUGUGUGGCAAUGCUAGUGGAGCGGAAGAAAUUGGAUUUUGAUGCUCCGGUGGCUAAAUACUGGCCAGAGUUCGCAAAAAAUGGGAAAGAGGCGAUCACUGUGCAACAAUUGAUCAGUCAUCAGUCAGGUCUUGCCUAUUUCGAUGCAGUGAUCACUGAAGAGAUGGCUUUGAAUCACACAUUGAUGAGGAAAGUCAUCGAGGAGGAAAAACCAAAAUGGAAACCGGGCACAGCAGUCGGAUAUCAAGCAUUCACAUCCGGUUGGCUAAUCGAUCAGCUCAUUCGAAGUGUUGAGCCACGAGGAGUCGGACAGUUCUUCCGGGAGGAGAUCGCUCAGAAAUACGAAAUCGAUUUGCACAUCGGUCUACCGAUGGAGGAAUAUUAUCGAGUGGCGAAGAUAACGACGCCGACAAUGGGCGAAAGAUUGGAUGAGGUGGUCGACGAUUAUCGAGUGAUACGAUACGCGAAAUUUUUCUUGGAGUUGAUGGACAAGUCUUCGCCGAUCAGCCGCACUAUUGGCAACCCGUCCUGGCUGGAAGCUAUUGAUCGAUGCACAUUUCACAACCCAGAAUAUUUGCGUAUGGAACAAGCUGCCUCGCUGGGAGUUGGCAAUGCUAGAGCUUUAGCGAAACUGUUUGAUUUGGCUUUCCACGGUGGUUUACUCUCAAAUGAAAUGGUGAAACGUUUAAAAGAGCCAAUCAUUCACGAUUUCGAUUUCAUCUUUCAAGAACAAAUACCCCGCGGACAUGGGUUAUUCUAUUUUGAUAUUGAGGGAAUUCACGCUUUCGGACAUUCUGGACAUGGCUGUCAACAAGUGCAAUAUGAUCCGGUGAACAAGCUAUCUUUUGCCUACACGUCAAAUGGACUGAAAAUGGGUCUCGCGCAAUAUUGUCGCACACUCGUUCGACUACAGAAAGCCGUCUACAAAGCGAUGAAGCUAAAGGAAUUU